AUGGAAGCAGCAAUGCAGAAACAGCUUUUUCCCAACCAUCUGCUAAUUUCAGCAAGAACACCGUCAUUUGUCCACCAGAAAUCGAGUUUUUCAACUCGAUUUUUGAGUUACUCCGGUUUCCCAAAAUUUCCGAUUGUUGAACGUCGUCAUAGGAACGCAAACGCAACGAAGAUUAAUGCGAGGAGAAGGAGAUCAAACAUGGAAACGGAUACGUAUGUAUUAAUGGAGCCAGGGAAGGCUGAAGAAUUUGUAGAUGAGGAAGAACUGAGAGUCAGAUUGAAGAACUGGCUAGAAAAUUGGCCAGGCACAUCGCUUCCUCCUGAUCUUGCAAGAUUUGAAUCCAUUGAUGAUGCUGUUUCCUUCCUUGUAAAGUCAGUUUGUGAACUCGAAAUUGAUGGAGAUGUUGGAUCGAUUCAGUGGUAUGAAGUUAGUUUGGAAUGA